AUGGCCGGCGUCAAGCUAGACAAGCCACAAAGCUGCACUAAGAGGGUCCGUCCGACCGCCCUAGCUUCGAUGAUCACCGUGUAUGGCAUUGGCACGCUCGACUGUUGGCUGCGGACAUGCUGUAUUCAGCAAGCCACUACACUCGCCCACGAUAUCGUGCCGAGUCAUGCUGCAUCCGCCGCGUGUUGCUGUAUGGAUACUUGUGGCGUUGAGGUAUUUGCUAGGCAUACCUCGUACGAAACUAAGGCGGAUCUAGGCCGUGGCACCUUGGAAAUAUCGUGUAAUGCAACGCUCCAAGUCACAGAUAAGGCAAAAGUCCCAAGAUGGAUCAUGCACAACUCAUCGUCAUGGCCGGCUGCUCCACUCCCUCUGCGAAAAACAGAGCACACAAAGUACAUGGCAUCCACGGAGAAAAGCGACAUGCUGAUCAUCGUGCAUUCCCAAAAACAAGAAAAGAACAGAAAGAUACCAAGCGCGAAAUGA